CCGGCCGCGGCGGUUGGCGAGGGACGGCGCCAUGGCCGAGGAGGGCCCGCGCAGGGGCGGCUUCUCGGCGCUCGCCGGCCACGCCAACGGGCUGUCGCGGCCCGCGGCGCUGGCGGCCGCCGCCGUGUCCUCGGCGCCCGGCGGCUCCAAGAAGCUCGUCAUCAAGAACUUCCGAGACCGGCCGCGGCUGCCCGACAACUACACGCAGGACACCUGGCGCCAGCUGCACGAGGCCGUGCGCGCCAUCCAGAGCAGCACGCCCGUCACCUGCAACCUGGAGGAGCUCUACCAGGCUGUUGAGAAUCUCUGCUCUCACAAAGUCUCGCCGGCCCUCUACAAGCAGCUCCGGCAGGUGUGCGAGGAGCACGUGCAGGCGCAGACCCUUCAGUUCCGAGAAGAUGCUCUAGACAGCGUCCUGUUCCUAAAGAGGAUCGACACGUGCUGGCAGGACCACUGCAGGCAGAUGAUCAUGAUCAGGAGCAUCUUCCUCUUCCUGGACCGCACCUACGUGCUGCAGAGCUCCAUGCUCCCUUCCAUCUGGGACAUGGGCUUAGAGCUCUUCAGGAACCACAUCAUCAGCGACAAGCUGGUGCAGACCAAAACCGUCGACGGCAUUCUGCUCUUGAUCGAGCGUGAGCGGGGCGGGGAGGCGGUGGACCGCAGCCUGCUGCGGAGCCUGCUGAGUAUGCUGUCCGACCUGCAGGUUUACAAGGACUCCUUCGAGAUGAAGUUCCUGGAAGAAACCAACUGUUUAUACGCUGCAGAAGGCCAAAGACUGAUGCAAGAAAGAGAGGUUCCUGAAUACCUUAACCAUGUCAGUAAGCGUCUGGAGGAAGAAGGAGACCGGGUGAUCACGUACUUGGACCACAGCACACAGAAACCGUUGAUUGCCUGUGUGGAGAAACAGCUCUUAGGAGAACACUUGACAGCAAUUCUGCAGAAAGGGCUGGACCACUUGCUGGACGAGAACAGAGUGCCAGACCUCACCCAGAUGUACCAGCUGUUCAGCCGUGUGAAAGGCGGCCAGCACGUCCUGUUGCAGCACUGGAGCGAGUACAUUAAGACUUUCGGGACAACAAUUGUCAUCAACCCUGAGAAGGACAAGGACAUGGUGCAGGACCUGCUGGACUUCAAGGACAGGGUGGACCAUGUCAUUGAUGUGUGCUUCCAGAGGAGCGACAAGUGCAUCAACCUGAUGAAGGAGUCCUUUGAGACCUUCAUCAACAAGAGACCCAACAAGCCCGCAGAGCUGAUAGCCAAACAUGUGGACUCCAAGCUCCGGGCAGGCAACAAGGAAGCCACUGACGAGGAGCUGGAGAGGAUCCUGGACAAGAUCAUGAUCAUCUUCAGGUUCAUUCACGGGAAGGAUGUCUUUGAGGCGUUCUAUAAAAAAGACCUGGCGAAAAGACUUCUGGUGGGGAAAAGCGCCUCUGUGGAUGCGGAAAAGUCGAUGUUGUCCAAACUGAAGCACGAGUGUGGUGCCGCCUUCACCAGCAAGCUGGAAGGCAUGUUCAAGGACAUGGAGCUCUCCAAGGACAUCAUGGUGCACUUCAAGCAGUACAUGCAGAACCAGAGUGCACCGAGCCCCAUCGACCUGACGGUGAACAUCCUCACCAUGGGCUACUGGCCCACCUACACGCCCAUGGAGGUGCACCUGCCGCCCGAGAUGGUCAAACUUCAGGAAGUGUUUAAGACAUUCUAUCUGGGAAAGCACAGUGGCCGGAAACUCCAGUGGCAAACCACGUUGGGACAUGCAGUUUUAAAGGCAGAAUUCAAGGAAGGAAAGAAGGAGUUCCAGGUGUCCCUGUUCCAGACGCUGGUGCUUCUCAUGUUCAAUGAAGGGGACGGAUUCAGCUUUGAGGAGAUCAAAGUGGCCACUGGGAUAGAGGACAGUGAGCUGCGGAGAACCUUGCAGUCCCUGGCCUGUGGCAAGGCCCGCGUGCUGGUCAAGAGCCCCAAAGGGAAGGAGGUGGAGGACGGAGACAAGUUUCUCUUCAAUGGCGAGUUCAAGCACAAACUGUUUCGCAUCAAGAUCAACCAGAUCCAGAUGAGGGAGACCGUCGAGGAGCAGGUCAGCACCACAGAGAGGGUGUUCCAGGACCGGCAGUACCAGAUUGAUGCUGCAAUCGUCAGAACCAUGAAGAUGAGAAAGACCCUCAGCCACAAUCUUCUGGUCUCUGAGCUGUACAACCAGCUAAAGUUCCCAGUGAAGCCUGGAGACCUGAAGAAGAGGAUUGAGUCUCUCAUAGACAGAGACUACAUGGAGAGGGACAAGGACAGCCCCAACCAGUACCACUACGUGGCCUGAUGUGGCAGGCUUCUCCGUGUGACACAAGAAUGUACCUUCCAAUCGGCCUGGUGCGCUGCUCCCGGACAUGGGGGGCUGAGCCAGUGGGGCGCAUGUCUUGGAGGAGAGGAGCUGGCUCUUGCACCCCCCACAAGGCUUCUGGAUUCACAGAUGGUGUCCGACUCUUCUCCCCUCACUUCCUCUUGUUCUUUUGAGCGUUCAAAUUUUUCUGUUCUCUGUGCAGAAUGACUUUGAGAUUGGACAAGAAGGUAUUAGCUAAGAGGUUUCUCUAUAAGGUCUUGUUCCGGGGGCAGAAAUGCUGCGGUUUGGUUUGUGUGUGUGAUCAUGAAUGCACAAUUAAAAGACCCUACAUGCUGCAUUCUUUGGCUACAAAGAUGUCUUAGGUAUUCCCGAUACAGAUGGUCUUAGCUGAUGGACGCUUAGAUUUAAAACAACAACUCUUCGUUGGCGAACAUUAGGAAGAAGUAGUCAGUGUUUCCAACUGGCUCGUCGAUUAUGCAGCCUGAGUAUUGGCAUCUGUUUGUUUGCUUUAUUUCCAGACUUUUUCCACUUGGAUGACUUUUUUACAAAUUAGGUUUCUCAGUGAGACUCUGUGCCAAGGGGCCUGGAGCCUGGUGGGCCAGCAGGGGCCCUGGACCGUGUCAGCUGAGUGCCUCUCGUAAAUCCUCCGCAGGGGCCACCGUUUGUGUGUGCCCUGCUGUUCUGGGGUCCUGCAGCACCCGUCUGCAUGACACCAGCUGCCUGCCCUUCGUGGUGAUGGCGUGGGCGGACUCAGGGACCUGCAUUGGGGUGGCCUCACCGACCCACCGAGACAGACCCUGGAGGGGAACACUGGGGUGUGGCUCUUGCUUUGUGGAAAGAUUAAACAGUUUGUUGGCACCUGG